AUGGGCUCAUCCUCGGACGUCAUGGCCAAUGGCCACGAGCACGAGCACAUCCUGCGGCCCCGACCACGAAAGGGCCUCCGUACGCAAGUUACGCGGACCCUGUCCGGCGGGAGCGACGCUCAUGCUGGGGUGGUGAGCGAGAGCGCGCCAGCAAGCGGGUUGACGAGCGGCCGCUCCACGCCCGUGCCGGAAAACGCGCCCCCGUCGGCAAAGUCGCUCUCGUCAGCGCGCAAGCUCGCCCGCGCCGAGCAGAGGCGGCGCAUCUUCCCGACCAUCGAGUACGCCUCGCGCGUGUCGCACUUUGACCCGGAGAGCGACUACCGCGACUUCCACGGCUUCUUCAACCUGUUCUGGAUCGGGGUGGCCAUCAUGGGCAUCACCACCAUGCUGCGCAACAUGCGGGACACGGGCUACCCCCUCCGCAUCCAGAUAUGGAGCCUCUUCACCGUCAAGCUGUGGCACCUGGCCAUCGCCGACUUCCUCAUGGUGGCCACGUCGCUCGUCGGCCUGCCGCUGCACGCCAUCUUCAGGAGAGCCCCCGCGGGCGCCGCCCUGACCUGGGCAAAGGGCGGCAUGGCCAUCCAGAGCAUCUACCAGGUGCUGUGGCUGGCCCUCUGGAUCGCCGUGCCCUUUGUGCUCGAGUGGACGUGGACCGCCCAGGUCUUCCUGCUGCUGCACACCAUGGUCAUGCUCAUGAAGAUGCACUCGUACGCCUUCUACAACGGCCACCUGUCCGAGACGGAGAAGCGUCUGCGGUCGCUGGAUUCGCCUGGCGACAAGGCCGACACCAGCCCGGCCUACGUCUAUCCCACCGCCAACCUCCGCCGCGGCAGCAUCUCGGGCAUCCCCUCGUCCCAGAACAACAGCCCAUCAUCAUCGCCCCCCGAGCUCACCAGGCAGCAGCACCGUCUCCAUCACACGACGCACCCCGCCGACAUCGAAUCCCUCCGCGAGGCCCUCGCCCGCGAACUCACCUCCCCCAUGGGCAACACGACGUACCCGCGCAACCUCACCUGGGCCAACUACAUCGACUACCUCUUCUGCCCGACCCUCUGCUACGAGCUCGAGUACCCGCGCACGCCGCGCAUAAACUGGACCUCGCUCGUCGCCAAGACCAUUGCCACCUUUGGCUGCAUCUUCCUCCUCACCGUCACCUCGGAGGAGUUCAUCCUGCCCGUGCUCGUUGACGCCCAGCGCCGCCUCAGCGCCCCCUCGCCCGUGUCCGCCCCGGAGGCCCUCCUCAUCCUCGCCGAGUCCAUCUCGUGGCUCCUGUUCCCCUUCAUGCUCACCUUCCUGCUCGUCUUCCUCGUCAUCUUCGAGUACGUCCUCGGCGCCUUUGCCGAAAUCACCCGCUUCGCCGACCGUCACUUUUACGCCGACUGGUGGAACUCGACCGACUGGAUGGAGUUUUCGCGCGAGUGGAACGUCCCCGUCUACUCCUUUCUGCGCCGCCACGUCUACAGCGCCUCGCGCCCGCACACGGGCAAGAUGCUCGCCACCGUCAUCACCUUCCUCAUCUCCGCCGCCAUGCACGAGGUCGUCAUGGCCUGCAUCACCAAGAAGAUCCGCGGCUACGGCUUCAUCUGCCAGAUGCUGCAGCUGCCCAUUGUCAUGCUGCAGCGCACGAGGUGCAUCAGGGGCAGGAAGACGCUGAAUAACGUCUGCUUCUGGUGCUCCAUGAUUCUGGGCCUGAGCCUGAUAUGUGCUCUUUACGUGCUUGUAUAA